CAUCUCCUCCCCUCGUUUCUCGCAUCGCCACCACCACACACUCACUGCCCUGCCUCUCCCACCCUGAUCCAUCCCCUCCACUCGUCUCUCGAAUCGCCGCCUCCACCCACUCACCACCCCGCCUCUCCCACAGCUCGCCGCUGGCAGCCUCUCCCCUCCCAUGUGCUUCCCACAGACCUCAGGCGGAUCCCCACCCAUCCAUCUCUCUCUCAUGCAACUUUUCUCUCUCUGUCGGGACACAUCUCUGCCGCCACAGAUGCCAGCCGAUUCCGGCGUUCUCCGGCGACAGCCGCCACCGCGCAACACCUUCCCAAGCUCACCUUGCUCCAUUGGGUCUUUUCCCCCGGCGGGAUUCGCCGCUCCUGGCCUUCAACUCUCACCCGCAACCCUCCAUGUGGCUAGGUUUCAGGCACGGUGGCACCUCCAUCGUAGGCGCGGCUCUGGCAACCCGGGGGCUCCUCCCCGACUCUUACCUCGCCCCCGCAUUCAACAAAGCCCCUUGGAUGGUGCUCCUCUCCCCGGUAGCCAUAGGGUGCUCGAGCUCCUCCUCCACACGCGCCAGGUGUUCUUCCUCGACCCGGACAGUGAGGGAUUCCUUCUGGGCAUAUACGACGACACUGACAAGAUGGCACUUGCUUGUCACCUUCUGCAUGCUUCACACAGCGCAGCGCCUGCACUUCUUUGAGCCAAAGCCAAUCGACGCGCAGAUUGUCAUCUCAUUUGGGUUUCUCAAUGGGAUCUCCAUUGGCCUCCACAACCUUUGCCUUGGCUUCUACCAGAUGACCAAGCUGGCUAUUAUACCGUUCACCAUGCUCUUGGAGACCAUCUUUCUGAGCAAGAAGUUCAGGUUGAUGUGUGCCGCUCAGAUGGAACCUUCGCCAGGGCCGCUAUUCCCAGCGGUGCAUCAACAAGUUCUGGAUGUCGCUGGGUUUAUUAAGCUGUUACUUGCCACUGUUCAAUUUUUUGAAAGAACAAUGUUGUAUUGAAUAUCUGCAAAAUUACACCUGCAUGUUCUUACUAGAGAAUUUAAGUUCUAGUUUGAAAGAAAAUUUAGUUCAUCGUGCACCAUUCUUUGUCUAGAGUGAGUGUGAUUAUCUGAAUUCACGUACAAGUACUGCAUUCCCUACUGCAUAUGUUUUGAGGAGACGCCCAGCAGCUGGCAGUAGUGGAUAUAUAGAUUCUUCCCUUGCUUUUAACUAAUUGCCUCAAACUGUACAUCCCUGGUUGACAGUCAUGAACUUUUAUUGUUGGUAAUCUAAAAUAUUCUGCAUAUUUAAGUGUCCAAAUACAGUCCAAAGAUAAAUCUUAGCUAUAAAUAUUCUGCAUAUAUAGUGUUCAAUUUGAUCAAUAAGAUCUGAGUUUGUUGUACUAUUAAUGGUGAUAAGAUUGCUGCUAGUAUAUUCUGUACAUUUCUUGUUUGGGGCUGGGCUAGAAAACAAUGUCUGAUUCGUUUAGCCGGUUGACAGGCUAAAACAACUAGCUAUAAAAUGACAUCAAGUUCUGGUUUACAUGCUAUUCUCGUCAUUCAUGCCGACAGACCUUUUGUUGUAGUGUUUAGAGUAGAUUGAGUUUGCUGGCUCUCCUUUGUGUUUCUGUUCUUAUUUUGGACAGAUGCUUGGGGUGCAUACUUUCUAGAAUCUGCAUUUGAAUUUGCAGUUCGCGUUGUCGAAGAGAAUUGUCGAUUGUUUGAUUGAUGUUCUGACUUUUAUGUGGACCAGACGUCCAUUCUCUAAAUCAUUAUUUUAAUCCCACUACCCUUUUUGUAUCCAUGUACUGUUUAUCUUGUUUAAGCAUUAAUCCAUACUUUUCUUUCAGCAAUGGCAACACAAGCAGGAACCUCGGCUACUCCUCAUUUAAGUCCCCAAGUGGUAGCUUUCUCUGUAUGCGGGAGUCACCAUCUAGGCAUGCUUGCUGCUUCACCAGAAUGUUGCAUUGUUCUUUAAUUGUCGAUUGUCUGUGUAGAUUGACUGUAUCGAGUUGAGGGCUUGAGGCAGGCAGUAGGUGAUUAGAACAACCACCUGUUAAGUAAGAUCGGGUGUAGUGUAUGCUUUGAACAUAAGCUUGUGCUGAUGCCAGUGUAGUGUAGUGUAUGCUCUGAACACAAGAUCCUUUACUUGCUCUGGUUUGGUUAAGACUGAUUAUACUCUUCUGAA